UUUCAAUAGUCCUGGACACGCUUGUUAAACUUGCGCCUUAGACAACCCAUGAUAGCGGGCGCACUGUUGUCGGACGUUUCACCGGGUCUGUUUUGUGUGAUGUGAUUCAAUGUUCUAGGUUGUUUCCCGAAAGAUUGGAAUUCAAUGACACAAGAAACAAAAGAAGAAAGUGCCUUGACCCUAUUGUCUUAUCAAUGACGUUUUGUUCAUUUCGCUGGCGUUGAUCGAGAUUGGAUACUCUCAUUCUUCAAAUAUUUUCAUCUGCCAACAGAAGCUACACCAAAUGUUUUGUAUCAGUGGAGCCACCUCCACUCAAUCCACGACCUCUGCAAGAUCAAUUUCGAAAUCUAUAUAUCCUCAAUCAUCGCAUCAUAGGCCUCGUUAGAAUACCUAGAAGAGAGAGAAAGAAACGGAUGGCAGAAAAAAAACCAACAAAACAUUUCAUCUCUUCUUCCGUGCGCGACCCCGUUCUGACAACAACGUGUCGCCCCUCUGGGCAUAGCCUCAUUUUCCACGGUACAGCCUGGUACAGUACAGGGCCAGCCGCACGGAGACUUCGGACUCUCCAAGUCGCUCUUAGGGGGGUACCCUGUCAAUCACCACCUAUGUACAGCCGCUCCCCCCGGCUAGUCCGUGGCGAUCCAUCAAUCCUGUGGUGUGGAGGUUGCAGGCUGCAGCACGCUAACAGACGCCCAGGUACUCUAUGGUACAGUACGAGCCCAGGCAAGGCCGGUCAGUUCACUUCGCAGUUCGCAGUUUGCCUAUGGAAACCCUGAGAAAGCCUCGUCUUUCUUUCUUUCUUUCAAACCACCUCGAACAUUCUCCUCCUCAUUGCAACCCCAUACCUUUGCUCCUAUAACCCUCAUUCCUCUGCCGGACAGAGUAGCGUCGAAUAAUGGUGAUUUGAGAUCAGAAUUAUCUGCUUUGUUUAUUCUUUAAUACGGUCGGGUUUCCAACAAGAGGAGCACCAGUCUGCGGGACGCUUCUCUCGUUGAGAGCUGCCUGAUUUAUUCUAUCGUUUUGUCAUGACAUGGGAGGCUCAACUAUGAUCAUGGCUCCGGCCGUGGAAACGACGUCUUCCUUCCCGCGGUCUCACUCUAGCCCCGAUCUAGAACUUCUCUCGCUAUCAUCCCCAACUCAAUCACCGCACCACCAGAGCGUUUCCGACCUUCAGUCAACACCAAGUUUCGAUCUUCCCACGUUUAAUGUCGACUUCAACCUCGACACAACUGUUUUUCUCGGAGGGGAACAAGCUGGCAAGGCGGCACCAGUGUCAACCCCUUCAAUCGUUGAAACAAAAGAGGUUCCGGAGGAGCUCUCAACCACCAGACAUGCCCGAAAAAGAACAAGCUCGCUCAUAGACACCCGCGGUUGGCUAUCAAGCUCCAAGAGCACAACAGAUCUUCACGAAGAGCCUCCCCGACCGACGACUUCUGCUGGCGACAAGAAAUUUGGCGAUGGAUCGAAUGGAGAUUUGAAACCUCCGCAGAGGACGAUGACAAAAUCAGGAUCUUUCGCAAACUUUGCCAAACGGUCAUGGAGACCUUCUCGCUCCCCGUCACCCAUGAAGAAUGCAGACUCCGCCAAGGACAACGAGGAGGUAUCUGGGCGCAAUCGAUCCGAGAGCACAACAUCAGUCAAGCUUACAAAGACUCGUAAACGCCCCGGUCUGACCGUCGAGCAGACAGACAAGAACAAGUCGACUGAUUCACUCAAGUCUGCUGGUCCUAAAGCCUUUUCACGAGCGAGCGGCUACUUCUCGAAGCUCAAAUCGAAACAAGCUGGCCUGUCAAAGCUCAAUACCAGCACGGACUCGGACAACAGCUGUGCUUCUUCGGCCACGAGUCUUGCAGCGCCAGCUUCAAUUAUCGCUGCAGAAGAACGUACACCGCAAUCUUCCACCUGCGACACCACCUCCGCUACAACCGUGACCGAUGAAUCAUCCUCCGUCGAGAUGCCACCUCAACAAAGAGAUGUCCUUUGGUCUUCCUUCAAGGCCAUUGACAUGGAUUUCAAGGGAUUUCUUGCCAAGAGCACAGCCCAGCGAAUGUCGCAGGUUCAAACACAGCUUCUCCCAUUCCUGCGAAACACGAUGAAUCAUGAGUCCACCAAGAAGCUCUACCCCGAAGAUGUCGAUCGAAGGGCGACAAUCUUGAACAAGUGGUGGAUUGCAAUCCUGGAAAUGCUGGAUGGUCAGGCACCCCAGCCUGUCCCUGGUGUUGAUCGUCCGGUUCUUUUCGAUGCCGCGACACUUCUCAUGACGCGGCACGAAUGGCGACAAGCCACAUCAUAUUUCCUACCACUUAUCAACCGAUCUCCGGCUGAGCGCGUCCGAGCCCGAUCUCUGACCACCUCUUCUGCCUCUUCUGUCACAUCGAGUCAAGCGGCUUUCUUAGAAGAAUCAGCUGAACACAAUGUUAGGACCAUGUUUGUUUCCAAUUUGGUCAAGCAAAUGUCUUUUGUAGUUGAAAAGCUUUCGCUCCGCCAUGUCCCAGUCAGUCUGGUUAACUUUGCUGGAAAGGCUUGUGCCUACGCCUUUUUCUUCGCACCUGGCGUUGCAGAUAUCCUGAUCAGACUCUGGGGACUUUCCCCUGAACUCAUUCGACGAGUAGCCGACGAGCUUGGUCUUCCAAAAAAGAACAAAGGCGAGAGCGAUGACAUUGCUGCUUUGUUCCCUCCAACUAUUGGCGUAUUCGCCUGGACAUCACCUAAGGGCAUGUGGGAUGGCCUUAAGAAGGUUCCCAGGUUGCCUAUGCUGGUGUCUAGAAUCCCUUGGACAGGUCCCUGGGCGGCUCGCUGGAAAGGUCGAGACACAGAUGUAUUCUUCAUCUUCUCCAAAUAUUUCCAUAUACUCUCUGAGCAGUUCAUGCCUUCUGGACUGCCCCUCCUCGAAAAGGCCAGGUCUCCCGCAUUUGCUCUCGUUCAAGCUCAGCUUCUUUACGUUCUGGAUACAACAGUUCACCGUCAAUCUCCAAUAGAUGGUGGCUUUACUCCUCCUGCGAUGGACUCCAUGUCAGGUGCUGAUGCCGCAAUGGCUCUGCCGCUCCCUGUCAGCAACGUUAUGAGAGGCAUGUCCGAAAACCGAUGCAUCAUGCUGUUGAAAGACUUCCUUUCAGAUGAAACAACCGAGAUCGCCGGCGCACGUCACACAUUUGCAGAGACCUUUGCAACCAUGAUGAAAGCCGCGACCCGCAAAGUCUCGAAAUACAACCACCCUGCUUGUUUCACUCUGUGCGACUUCCUGGAGGAGGUGCUCGUGCUCUAUAGCGAAUUUGAGGACCCUGACUGCUCGAAUAGCUAUCUUGACUGGGUGUUUUGGUUUGACGUUUGCCAGAAAGUCAUGAGCUCUUUCAACACCAUGUCUGAGAUUCGAAUGUUGGCCUUGGUCUACUCCAUUUGGGAUGCCAUUUCCAAGGACCCUGUGCGCAAAUUGGCCGUAUGCAAGGAUUGGCUGCUCACGGAGGAGACCUUUAAUGAGUUCUUCAACCAUUGGUGCCCGAUGGUUCGGGCUUACUACCAGCGUUUACUGUGCUGGCGCAUGUGCCGAGAUACAGGAACGCUGGAUGAAGUUGAUGGCCAAAUCUUCGCCCUUGUAGCUGAACGACUUCAGACGACGUGGUCUCACUAUCUGCAUAUAAAGCACGCCGCCGAACAAGAACAGCGAAUCCCCCCUUCCACUGCACCAGUGAAUCCCGCGCCUGGUAAACGUUUUAUGAUCAUUCGCCAAGAGAUUAAUGUUCCCCAGCCUGGACUAUAUAUGGGUAGCUUUGAUUCCUUCGCGAAACUUCCUAAUAGCGAGACAAGCGUUUUGAAUGGCCUGCCUCCUGACCCGUCUAGGAAUGACGGCAGGAAACGAUGGUCACUAUUAGGAAAAGUCCUUUCCCUUGGCGGUAAUACGGGUGCAGGCGCUGGUUGGGAUGAUGAUUUUCAGGCUGUCCGUCGUGAAACGGCAGAGUCUCGUUCCUCUGGUACCACCCAAACAAAUAGGAACCCUAAUGUUAAUCACAGCAAGGGCCGUCCAUCUGAAGAUGACUCCUUGUAUUCUCAGCCAACCUACGAGGAGCCGAAAUAUGUAUUCAAGUUUAUUCUUGCUUGGCAACAACAGGCGGCACCUCUUCGAGAUCGUUUCUUGACUCGCCCUCGACUUCCCGGCCCAGCGCAGACACGUAUUAGUGGACCUUUACGAGUCAACGGCUUUACUGUUCCUGCUGGAUAUUCAGCGCCAACACGCAAGUUCUCUGGCAGCCCACAGCAAGGGCUUAUCGAUAAUGCUAGGAACGCAAAUUCACUGAGUCCAACUGAUGAGCAAAAUGGGUCUCCAAGUUGGAAGCUUGAGGUCACGCUUCCGAUUCUGAGUGACGAAUCUCCUCAAACACCUAGCUUGAAAGCCAGCCCCUUACCUUCACUGUCGCCGUCACCAUCACCGACACCAUCACCGACACCAUCGCCGAACUCAAACAUGGGCUCUUUCACCGAUGCUGUGGUGGAUCCUGUUAAGCCAACUGGCCUGUACGUCAAGAAUUCUGUGUACACUGGACGCUCGCUCGCCGAGUGGGCGCAGGUUGUUUUUGAGUGCAACAACUUUGUUGAGCGUCGUCGUGAUGAGGGAAUGGAAAACCUUGGCGACGUUGAGAUACCUAUCCUUGGAGUAGAGGGCUUCCGCAAGGUUGGCGGCUAGAGGCUGUGAUACCUGAGGCAAGCUCAUUUUCUAAGCACUCCUCACAUUGUGCAAUAAGUUCUUUCACAACCAUGAUUCCUUUGCCUUAUUGCAUGCAUUCACCAUGAGCACGGUCAUGUUUGCUUUCGCACAAACAUACAUCACUGAGGUGAUUACACGGCUUCUUUGCAUAUAACUAGUCCCAGGGGUUUAGAUGUGGGACAUGAAGGACCUGGUAUGUAUUCAGGUCGCUCUGAGUGAACUUCUCAUUUGUUGGAGAUUUUCAGCGAUACUUGUAUAUGGCAUCUAAUUUUAAGGCGUUUAUCGAGCAACAACCGGUCUGUUUUGCUUCUUUUUGUUACAUAUAUCAUAUAUUAGCCUGCCAUAGGGGCACACGUUGGGACAGGUCUUUGUUGGUCAAGGGGAUAGGUGAUCACGGACGGAGUAGGACUGUAUGCAAUUCAAAGUUCAUAGCCAUCGUGGCUGCAGUACAGGUUCUGAGCGAUGGGCCAUUGAGCGUGAUCUCUUGUGUAUAUACCAAAUUGGUUGAGGCUGAGGCUGAAUACAGAAGCUGCGUCUUCUGCUUCGGAGCAUUAUAAUGAUAAUGGCUUUAAUGACAUUGCGUGUCUUUGGGCGCAGUUAUAAACAAUGCUUGUAACAAUUCGCGAUCUGUAUUGUGCUAUUCUCCUAUCUUUGUCAUACUUCAUUUGUAGCUCACUCCCAGCCGGCCAUUAGCUCUG